CCCCCCCCUCACGGAUGUCCUGCAGCAUGGUGUCACGGCCGAAGCGCGUGGCACCGAUCCUGCUCGGGCUCCUGGCCAUGCUCCUCCUCGGUGUGCAGGCCUCCCGGCUGGCCCCGGAUGGGCCCGCCUCCAGCCAGCAGAGCCCGGUGCCUCUUGCGGCCGGCCGCCGGGCGCCCACCGCGACGCACCUCCCCCAUGUGGCCCCGCCUUCACACCCGGCCGGCACAUGGGCCGCCGCCUGGCUGGCCCUCGGGGCCGAUGCGUAUGUCGGCCUGUCGGGCGCCGGGGCGACGCGCCUGGUGGCCGGGCCGGAUGGCGGCCUGGCCCUGGCAGCCCGGCGGCCCGGCGACGACGCCGCCCCCGGGGGGCUGCUCCUGUUUGACGCCUCCGGCGGCGGGCCCCGGCUGGGCCAGGCCCCGGCGCCAGGGGAGCCGUUCGCCGGGCGCCCGGUCGGCGGCUUCCCCGACGUGCAGCCGGUGACCGACAUGCUGGAGAUCGGCCUGCCGGCCGGGCCCGACGGCUGGCCGGUGCGCGCGGUGGUCCUCUGCCAGGCGGGCACCCGGGCCCGGGGGUUCGUGGCCCGGUGCGAGGUCGGCCCCCGGCCGGCCCCCGGGGCCCGGUGCCCGGCCACCUUCCUGGCCAUCUUCGACGAGGCGGUCGACGCGUGCCACCUGCAGCGCCUGGCCAGGCACAUGGUCAGCAUCCGCCACCGGCACGCGGCCACGGUGCUCACCUUCGACGGGGCCGGCCUCCGGAGCGCGGCCACCCUGCCCGGCGGGAGCCUCGAUCAUCCGGCCGUGUGGGCGGCCGCCGGGCCGGGGCGCUGGCUGGUGCCCGGGCCGCAGGGGCUGCACGUGCACCCCGCGGGCCUGGCCGGCCCGGUCCCCCGGCCGGCGGCGCUGCCCGGGGCCAGCCCGGUGGUCCUGCCGGCCGGUGGCCCGCUGCUGCCCGGGCGCCCGGGCCAGCUCCUGGCCAGCCGCCUGGAGCCCGAUGGCCAGCAGGCCGCCUGGACCGUGGUGCACCUUGCCCCGGGCGGCGCCAAGCGGACGCUGGCCCGGCUGCCGGCGGCCUGGCUGGCCGGCGACCGGGCGCACUUCCUGCCGGUGCCCCUGCCCCCGGGCGCCGGUCUGGCCAUGGUCACCGAGCGCGGGGCCGUCCUGGCGCCCGUGCACUGCCAGCCCGGCGACCGCGACCGCGACCGCUGCCAGCCGGCGGCCCCGACCAUCCUCGAGGCCCCGGCCGGGGUGACCCUCUCGCCGGGCCGGGCGAGGGUCGUGUCGGCCGCCGGGCGGACCUUCCUCCUGGCGCCGGAUGCCCACUCCGGGGCGGUCCUGCGGCUGGACAUGCCGGCGGCCGGGGCGCCCGGCUGGACGGCUGGCCCGGCGAGCCUGCCCUGUGACGCCGGCUGCGCCACGUGCUCCGGGCCCGGGGCCCAGGAGUGCACCUCCUGCCCGGGCGAGCUGGUGCUCCAGGCCGGGGCCUGUGUGGCCGAGUGCCCGGCCGGGGCCUUCGUGUGUGAGGGGCCCGCGGUGGGGGCUGGCGGCGGUGGCGGCGGCGGCCGCCAGUGCCAGGCCUGCCCGGCCGGGUGCUCCGCCUGCCGGAUGGCGGCCCCCGGGCCCGGGGGGGCCGCCUGCCUGGCCGAAUGCACCGCCUGCGCCGGGGGGCAGGUCCUCCAUGAGGCCGGCUGCGUGGACGCCUGCCCGGUGGGCUUCUUCCCCCGGGCCGGGGCGCCGGUCGCCGCGUGCGCCCCCUGCCACAAGACGUGCGCUGUCGGCUGCACCGGGCCGGAGGCCCGCGACUGCGACCACCAGCCGCCGAGCUACGCCGACGGCCUCGCCAUCGGGCUCGGCGUGGUGUUCCUGACUGCCACCGUCCUGCUGCUGGGGCUGAUCGCCUACAUCACCAUGCGGUACAUCCAGCGGCGCCGGGCGGCCCAGAACAAAGAGGCCCGCUCCGAGGACCGAGGCAACAUGCUUCACUCCCUGACCAGCACGUCCACCAGCAUUUCGGUGUGAGUUUGCCCGACAUGCGCCCCGGACGCACCCCAAUACAGCUAUCCUUGUGCGCA